GGGCGCGCGCCGCGGACUCGGCGGCGGCGAGUAGUUAGUUGUCCGGCCGGUGUCAGUCGCUCGGCGGCGGCGGCCGCGGUCACCGGGAAGCGGACGGGACGGCCGGCGAUGGUGGUCCCCGCGGCGGCGUGUGCGCCCCCCAGGUGUCUGCCUAAACUGGAAUUUAUGCUGUAGACAGUUCCUUGAGGAUUUGGCUGAAAACCUAAGGAAAAGAAGAUUUGAAGUCCAUUUCUAAGAAAGAAAAGAAGCAAUGACAUAAUGCCUAGAGUUGAAGACAGUUAAACUGGAAAUAUUGCUGAAUUUAGAAAAUAAAGAAUGAGAAGCAGAGAACAAAGAACAUUCAUCUUACAAGCACUUUGAAAUUUUUAAGGAAUGUAAUGUCAGCUGCUAAAACCACCUUUGUCACCAUAAUGGAUGAAGUACUUCAGAUUUAAAAGGUAACCAGCAUUCUAUAAUCUGCUAUGUAUGACACAUAAGGGAAGCGGAAACCAAUGGAUGCAAGUUUGGCCAUGCACUGAAAGGAAAGCAUUGUCUGUGAAGUUUUCUAUUUAAAAAUGUCUGCUUGUAAUGCCUUUACUGAACACGUUUGGAAACCUGGUGAAUGCAAGAACUGCUUUAAACCGAAGAGCUUGCACCAGCUUCCUCCAGACUCUGAGAAGGAACCCAUCACCCAUGGCAAUGUGAAAACUAACGCCAAUCAUAGUAACAACCACCGCAUCAGGAACACAGGAAACUUCCGGCCCCCUGUGGCUAAGAAACCCACUAUAGCUGUGAAGCCCACUAUGAUGGUGGCAGAUGGACAAAGUGUAUGUCGUGAGCUUAGUAUACAGGAGCACUGUGAGAACAAGCCCGUCAUCAUAGGGUGGAACCGAAACCGGACGGCCUUGAAUCAGAAACCACUUAACAACAAUGAAGAUGAUAUCGAAGGGCUGGGCCAUGUUCCUGAACCAUAUGGAAAUAAUGAUAGUUCAAAGAAGAUGUCGAGUAACAAUGAUGGGCUAACUGAAGUGUUAAAGGAAAUAGCAGGCUUGGGUACUGCCAGCCCUCAGGUCACAGGAAAUGAGGAAAACUCUAGAGAAACAUUCUUAGGCAGGAUAAACGAUUGUUACAAAAGAUCACUGGAAAGAAAGCUUCCGCCAAGUUGCAUGAUGGGUGGGAUCAAGGAUACUCAGGGCAAACAUGUUAUUCUGAGUGGGAGCACAGAGGUGAUCAGCAAUGAAGGGGGCCGAUUCUGCUACCCAGAAUUUUCUAGUGGAGAGGAGAGUGAGGAAGAUGUGCUUUUCCGUAAUGUGGAGGAAGAGCACGAGAGUUGGGAUGAGAGUGAUGAAGAGCUCCUGGCCAUGGAAAUUCGCAUGAGAGGGCAGCCUCGCUUUGCUAACUUUAGAGCAAACACAUUGUCUCCCGUUCGAUUCUUUGUGGACAAAAAAUGGAACACUGUCCCCCUGAGAAAUAAGUCUCUGCAGAGAAUUUGUGCUGUGGACUAUGAUGACAGCUAUGAUGAAAUCCUGAACGGUUAUGAAGAGAAUUCUGUGGUCCCUUAUGGCCCAGAAAGCAUGGUAUCAUCUGACUCCACAUCACCAGAUUCUUCUUUAACAGAAGACUCACGUUCUGAGACGGCCAGUAGUUUGUCCCAAAAACUUUGUAAUGGGGGAAUAUCUCCUGGCAACCCAGGAGAUGCUAAGGACAUAAAAGAAAGUAAGCCUAGUUUUGAGAGCCUUCCUGGUAAUAGUCAGGACAAGGAUACAGUGCAAACACCCAAAACCUCAGCGAAAACUCCAGAGACACACAAGGCAGUCCUUGCCCUCCGAUUGGAAGAAAAGGAUGGCAAGAUUGCUGUACAGACCGAGAAACAAGAAUGUAAAGCCUCUACUGAUAUUGCUGGGCAAGCAGUAACCAUAAACCUGGUCCCCGUAGAGGAGCAAGCAAAGCCCUACCGAGUUGUGAAUCUCGAGCAGCCAAUGUGCAAGCCAUACACUGUUGUGGACGUCUCAGCAGCCAUGGCCAGUGAGCACCUCGAGGGCCCUGUUCACGCUUCCAAGACAAAAAGCUCAUCUUCCACUCCAAACUCUCCAGUGACAUCACCUACAUCGGGGCAAAUAAAUGCCCAUUUCCCCAAAUCUAGUGCGAUUCGAUACCAGGAAGUGUGGACUUCCAGUACCAGCCCACGACAGAAGAUACCUAAGGUGGAAUUAAUAAGUGGUGGAACUGGGCCAAAUGUCCCUCCAAGGAAAAACUGUCACAAAUCAGCACCAACUUCACCCACAGCUACAAAUAUUUCCUCCAAAACCAUUCCUGUCAAGUCACCUAAUUUGUCUGAAAUCAAGUUUAAUAGCUACAACAAUGCUGGCAUGCCACCUUUUCCAAUUAUCAUUCACGAUGAGCCAACUUACGCGCGGAGUUCCAAAAAUGCUAUCAAAGUCCCCAUUGUAAUCAAUCCAAAUGCUUAUGACAAUCUUGCCGUUUACAAAAGUUUUCUUGGAACAAGUGGAGACCUCUCAGUGAAGGAAAAAACCACAAGUGUAAUAAGCCAUACUUAUGAAGAAAUAGAAACUGAGAACAAAGCGUCUGAUAGCACCACUAGCAAGCCCUCUGAGUGUCCCCAGGCUAAAGCGUUUUCAAACAGCACUGAGCGUAAAAGGGGCUCCGUGGCUCAGAAGGUUCAGGAAUUCAACAGCUGUCUCAACCGAAGUCAGUCUUCACCACAGAGAAGUUUUAGUUCUAGCCACAGCUCCCCGACAAAGAUACAGAGAACCACUCAAGAACCUGUGGCCAAAACGGAAGGCCCGCAGGAGUGUCAGACGGCAGGCGGUGGCGGAAGCACCCGGGAGAAAGCGAGCACAGUGCUUUCUCAGAUUGUGGCUUCCAUCCACCCCCCACAGUCACCCCCAGAAAUGCCUCCAUGUAGUCCUAAAGCUUGCAGCAUAGAAGAGCUCUAUGCCGUCCCACCAGACGCCGACGCUGCUAAGAUUACACCUAAGGGCACACCAGUCCGGCCCAAAUCUCUCUUUAUCGCUCAGCCCAGUGGCGAGGCUGGAACAACUCAGACCACUGAAAGUCCUUCAACCAAAGUACAGAAAGAGCCACUCACAAAGCCACUCACCACUCUUGCCUCGAAAACGAGCCACCAAAGCGAGCCACCACCCCCUUUCCCCCCACCACGCUCCACUUCUUCCCCUUACCAUGCAAGUAACCUUCUGCAGAGGCAUUUUACCAACUGGACCAAGCCAACCAGCCCUACCAGGUGCACAGAAGCCGAAUCAGUUUUGCACUCUGAAGGCAGCAGGAGGGCAGCUGAUGCAAAGCCUAAACGCUGGAUAUCUUUCAAAAGCUUCUUCCGCCGUCGGAAAACAGAUGAGGAAGAUGACAAAGAGAAAGAGCGCGAGAAGGGGAAAUUGGUGGGCUUGGAUGGCACCGUCAUCCACAUGCUGCCUCCUCCUCCAGUUCAGCGCCAUCACUGGUUCACAGAGGCAAAAGGAGACUCCAGUGAGAAACCUGCCAUCGUGUUCAUGUACAGGUGUGAGCCCCCCUCCGGCCAGCUCAGCAUAGAGCAGAGCAAAGCCCGGGCAGAACAACCGGCAGCCACGCAGAAGGGUGGCAUGGAUGAUGGGUUACCACAGGACUCAGAGAGAAAGAAAAGGGCUCAUUCUCCAGCACAGGUUCCUAAAAAGAUCCUCAGUCACGUGCCACAUGAAGUCAUGGAGGAUUUUUCUUCUCGGGAUUCAAGAACUGCUCUUGCAAAACAAGAUGGUGGAGGUGGUACUUCCGUGACACCAGCACUGCCUUCGCCUGAACUGGAAGGGGAAGAGGAAAAAGAUGACAUUUCAGAUCCUGUGGACCUGAAUCCCUGUAGUGCAACAUACAGCAACUUAGGGCAAUCAAGAGCAGCCAUGAUACCUCCCAAGCAUCCUCGGCAGCCUAAGGGAGCUUUGGAUGACGCCGUUGCCUUUGGCGGGAAAACAGACCAAGAAACACUUAAUGCUUCCCAGCCCACACCACCCCCACUGCCAAAGAAAAUGAUUAUAAGAGCCAAUACAGAGCCAAUCUCCAAAGACCUCCAAAAAUCCUUGGAAACUAGUCUUUGUGUUGUGGCUAAUCCCACCUAUGACAUCGAUCCCAACUGGGAUGCCAGCAGUGCUGGCUCUUCCAUCAGUUAUGAACUUAAGGGACUAGACAUUGAAUCUUACGACUCUUUGGAUAGACCUUUGCACAAGGAGAGGCAUUUCCCCUCAGCAGCAAACAGCAUCUCCAGCCUAACCACUCUCAGUAUUAAGGACAGAUUUUCCAAUAGCAUGGAGUCUCUGUCCAGCCGGCGUGGUCCCUCUUACAGACACGGACGAAGCAUCCAGAAGCCCCAGAGACAAGCACUUUAUCGAGGACUUGAUAAUCGGGAAGAAGUGGUGGGUAAAAUCCGAAGCCUUCAUACGGAUGCCUUGAAGAAACUGGCUAUUAAAUGUGAAGACCUCUUCAUGGCUGGCCAGAAAGACCAGCUCCGUUUCGGUGUGGACAGCUGGUCAGAUUUUAGGCUCACCAGUGACAAGCCAUGUUGUGAGGCUGGCGACGCUGUCUACUACACCGCUUCAUAUGCAAAAGAUCCACUUAAUAACUAUGCAGUGAAGAUCUGUAAGAGCAAAGCUAAAGAAUCUCAGCAGUAUUAUCACAGCUUGGCUGUCCGGCAGAGCCUCGCUGUCCACUUUAACAUCCAGCAGGACUGUGGCCAUUUUCUUGCCGAAGUCCCUAACCGUCUGCUUCCCUGGAACAAUCCUGAUGCUCCUGAAGAGGAAGAAGAUGAAAUGGAAGAAACUGGAGAUGAGGUGAAAGGAGAAAUGGAUGAGAAAAGCCCUGAGCCAUGCUCCGAAACGGAAAUACCCCAGAAGGAAAGCCGAAAGCAGAGGAGCCAUGUCGUGGUCAUCACCCGAGAGGUUCCCUGUCUCACUGUUGCUGAUUUUGUGCGGGACUCUCUGGCCCAGCAUGGUAAAAGCCCUGAUUUGUAUGAGAGACAAGUUUGUCUGCUGCUCUUACAACUGUGCUCUGGUCUCGAGCACCUUAAACCCUACCAUGUCACUCACUGUGACCUUCGCCUCGAGAACCUGCUGCUGGUCCACUACCGGCCUGGGGGAACUGCCCAGGGCCUCGGUCUCGCUGAGCCCAGCCCCAGUUCCUCUGGUCCCACAAGACUCAUAGUCAGCAACUUUUCUCAGGCCAAGCAGAAGAGCCAUCUGGUCGACCCAGAGAUCCUCCGGGACCAUUCCCGCCUGGCCCCAGAGAUCAUAACAGCCACCCAGUAUAAGAAAUGUGAUGAGUUCCAGACCGGAAUCCUCAUCUAUGAGAUGCUGCAUCUGCCCAACCCCUUUGAUGAGAAUCCAGAUCUGAAGGAGAAGGAAUACACCCGGGCAGACCUUCCUCGCAUCCCUCUGCGCUCCCCCUACUCCCGGGGCCUGCAGCAGCUGGCCAGCUGCCUCCUCAAUCCCAACCCUUCCGAGCGGAUCCUCAUUUCUGAUGCCAGAAGCAUCCUCCAGUGUCUGCUGUGGGGCCCCCGGGAAGAUCUCUUCCAGACUUUCACCGCCUCCACCAGCCCAGCACAGAGGAACACCAUGCUCCAAAAUUGGCUCGACAUCAAGCGAACCCUGCUGAUGAUCAAGUUUGCUGAGAAGUCCCUGGACAGGGAGGGGGGUGUCAGCCUUGAGGACUGGCUUUGUGCUCAGUAUUUGGCUUUUGCCACUCCGGACUCCCUCAGCUGUAUUGUGAAAAUCCUGCAACACCGCUAACUUAGCUGCUGCUGCUUCCACUUCCUUUUUCAUCCUAAGUUACUCCUGCACUUCCCCUUCCCAACGCUCACCCAGAAUUCAAGGAAAGGAGACAAGCCUUCUAUCUCUGCCCAUGAACAAAUGAGUUUCCCUGGGAGCUCGUCCAGUCACCCACAGCUCCAAAUCAAGAAAGAAGCGGGGUCUGUCUGAGCUUUACAGAAAGUCAGCGGAAGAAACAAGCCUUUGCCAUGCUUUGGCAUACCUUCCACCCUCAUUGUCCCACAAGUGCAGGUAAAAAUGAAAGCACACAUCCCUGAAGGGACAGCUUCUUUGGUGUGAACUCGGUGAGCGGUAUCCAGUUCUUCCAUAAUUCUGAAUAUUGCCUGUCUUUUUUUUAAUCCCAACUAUUUAUUCUCAUAAGCAAUAUACAGAGUUAAUAAGUCUCUACUACUGUCCUCCCUUGAGCUCUCAUCACAAACUUCCUUCCCUCCGAGUACCAGUAACUGACUUUCUUACCAGGCAAAACUGCCGUCCUUCACAUCAGCCCAGUUCGGUUUCAGGCUCUAUGUCCUUUGUUCCAGCAAACAGCGGAAGGACACGGCAAGAUCCCAGCUCUUGGCUCACAGACCGUUUUUCACACUCUCACACUCCUUUCUGUUCUUAGUAUGUGUAUGUGUGUGC